AUGGGUUCUUUGAACCACCUCAAUCUACUUCGUGAUGAGCAUCUUGAGCUACUCAACAAGUAUGGAGAGCUUCAACAGAAGUACGCAACUUUGCAAAGCAAAGUUGAUCCGGAUCAAGUACCGGAUGCCUCUACUUUGGCUGGACAACUGUGUGCUACUAUGAGGAACCUGUUCGAGAAUCAUACUUUCAGUGAUAUUGUCAUCCGUGUGGAUGGUCGCGAGCUCAAGUGUCAUAAGUUUCUCUUAGUGGCACGAAGCAACCAUUGGAAUGAUCUCGAAUCCACCGAUUUCGUGGACAUUCCAGGUAUCAUUCCUUGUCGUUUCCAAGAAGUUUGA